AAAUAGGGCUGUGUUCAGCAUGCUGCAAACCCAGCCACUCUCUCUCUCCCAGCCAUCUCCCUCCUCCUGCUUCUUCUUCUUCUCUUCCCGCCACACUAAUUCCAGAUCUGACCAUGAGUCGGUCAGGCUUCUUCCUCAGUGUCCUCAGCCUCCUGGCCUGCCUGGCCUCCGUCCUGCAGGCCUGUCCCCCGAGCUGCCACUGUCACGGUGGGGACCUGCAGCACGUCAUCUGCGACAACGCCGGCCUGCGCAAGAUCCCCAAGGUGCCCGAGCAGACGCGGCUGCUCAACCUGCAGAAGAACAACUUCCCCGUGCUGCCGACCAACGGCUUCCGGGACAUGAAGAAGCUGGUGUCCCUGCACCUGCAGAGCUCGCGCAUCAAGGAGAUCUCCACUGGAGCCUUCCGCGGGCUCAAGAGCCUGGUCUACCUCUAUCUCAGUGACAACCAGAUCAGUGUCAUUAAGCAGGGAGCCUUUGACGACCUGUCAGAGCUCACCUACCUGUACCUGGACCAGAACAAGAUCCCGGACUUGCCCAAGGGACUCCUCUCCCCUCUGGUCAACCUGUUUAUCCUGCACUUGGGCAGUAAUAAAAUCCGAGAGCUGAAACCAGGGGCCUUCAGUGGUGCUAAAGACCUGCGCUGGCUCUACCUCUCCGACAACUCCCUCACCAACCUCCUGCCUGGGGCGCUGGAAGAUGUAGAGAACCUCGCUGUCCUGCACCUGGACAAGAACCAGCUGAGCAGCUACCCUGUGAACGCCAUGAGCAAGCUGAGAGUGCUGGAGGAAUUGAAGCUCUCCCACAACCCCAUCGAGGUCAUCCCUGACAAUGCGUUCCAGUCCUUCGGGCGCUAUCUGCAGACACUCCACCUGGACAACAUGAAACUGCAAAAGUUUGCAGACAACGCGUUUGCCGGCGUGACGGCGCUGAAGACGGCUCACCUGGAGAGCAACCGCCUGAGCCAGCUGCCGCGCAACUUCCCCUUCGACAAAAUGGAGACGCUGACGCUCUCCAGGAACGCCUGGCACUGCAACUGCCAGCUGGCCCCUCUGCGCAAGUGGCUGAGGGGCAACCGCACCCGCGCCGACGAGAGCUGCUCCACGCCCGUGCAGUACCGGGGGCAGCCGAUCCGCGACACCGCCGCGCUCCGCACCUGCAAGCUGCCCACCAAGAGGUCCAAGAAGGGCAGCCGCCAUUAAGCACGCCCCGCUAUGGCCUGUCCUGGUGACCGGUCACUUCAACCAUCAGAAAACUACUGACUUCUUCUGAGUCCUUCCUUAAGCUUCUCCUACCUGUCAGGAUACGUUUCUGAUAUAUCCAAACACCUCCAGCCUCCUCCAAAUCCCCGCUUCUCUGCUGAUUGCAGGAUGGAAUCCACCUUUUCAAUCUUUUUCGACAUCUAUAUAUUUUAAAAGAGGCAUUUUUAAAAACCAAACUAUGCAUGACCAUACUAAGACAAGCUAACCUAGACAAUGCCGGUAAAACACAGUCAUCUUUUACAGAGGCAACCAAACCCGCACCCCCGAGCAGCCAGGUUGUCUCUGUCUCUCCCCUUCCAACAGAGUGGAAGCAAGUGGGGAGGUAGGAGCAUCCCCCCCAGCCCGACCCCAGCUGCUCAAUCGGGAGAACCCACGCAAAGAGCCUCCUCUGCCCACCACGGAGAGGAUCCCUGCAGGUCAGGGCUGAGGACGAUAGGUGAAUCAAUGUCCGAGAAGCAGCGGUCCCGAGGGAGAGCUUCCCGCUUCUUCCCAAGGGGAGCGAUCUCUCCAGCUCAGCUGGAAAUCUUGAAGGGAAGCGGUAGUGGGAAACCCUGAACCCAAAGCAAUCUGAAUUGGAUUCCCUUCUCGCUAGGGGGGUCUGCCAAGAUGCAUAGAUGUCCAGGAGGGGGUGUGCACCACGUGGCCUUGCCUGGGCACCCCUCCUCGCUCUGCCCAUGCUCCAGAGGAUCGAGCAGGACGCACCAGGAUGACUGUGGUUUAUUGUCAUGGCUAUAACAAUACCACAGUUUCAACUUAGCUGUGUUUUUUUUAUCCUAAAGAGUUAUAUAAAUAUAUA